UUUUGUUUAUUGUACUAGUUGUUGCCGACCAACUAGGAUGAUUUACGACGUGAAUUCGCCGCUAUUCCGAUCGUUCCUCAGCCAGAAGGGAGGCGCAUCUGACAAGAGGAAAACAGAAGAGCAGAAGUCCAAGGAAAAGAGGCCAAAAGCAAGUGAAAACAAGCCUGUAAUGAAUGAAUGAUGUAAACUUAUUUUAGAAUAUAUGGAAUGUUGUUAAGCAACUCGAUGUUGAAUUUGUACUGCAUUUGACAUUUAAAUAGAUAUUUGAUCCUUUACUUCUAUUGGUUUUAAUUUCCGAUCCAAGCUUUUCAUUUUGGGA